UGUCAACAUGUGUAAAAUAAUUUUCUGUGUAACCAGGUCCAGCGGUUGACUGUCGGGAAAUCAAGAACCGGGGUAUUUAUCAAGAUGGAAUGUAUUGGUUGGACCCGGAUGGAGGAAGCCAUUCAAACGCAUUUCUGGCCUACUAUGACAUGACGUCACACAAUGGAGGAUGGACCAUGUGUUACACUACUGAUGAAUAUGUCAAAGCCAAGACUGAAGUCACAUACAGCGCUCAGUUUCCUUAUGGAAGUGACGGCUACAGGACCAACUGCAACAACAUCCCAUUCACAGAAAUCUUCUUCAUCGAUCACCAAACUGGAAACAAAGCCUACUUCAAGCGAAGAGUCAACCAGCCCGUAACGGCCGCUGGGAACUAUGGGAAGGCUGCUGGUACCUAUGGAUUGUGGGACGGCGUGGCUGCAAACAACGAUUACUCCUACCAGCUGCGUAUCUGCGAUACUUCUUUCUACGCUGGCUUCUUCGUUUCUGGUUACACGAGUAGCUGUUACAAGCAGUGUAAUUCUUGGUGUAAUGAUCGUACCACGCCUUACUUCCGUACAGCGACAACUCAAUCCAACUUUAAAGGUGUAGCCUUUAACAACAAUGGUGCUACUGCCCUCGACAAUAGGCUUAUUAGUGUUGGUCUGCGUUGA